UUACUCUAAUUAUUAUUACUCAUUUCAAUAUUAGUUGCGUCCAGAUGUGAGUUUAAUGGUAAUUAACUACCCAGAUGUAAUUCUAAAUUCUUGUUGACAAUCUAUUGUCAUAAUAUGUUAUGGUAAGUUUGUUCAAAAUAAGGUCAGUAUGCUUCUCCUACAUAAUUAUGGAUUUAUGAUUAUUGCUUUAGACUUUCUGGUACGAUAAAUAAUUAAUAUGUUGUGAUGCAUGUCGACACCAAAAAUUGCACAGAUCUCCCUUAUAAUAUAGGAUUCUUCUCUUUUUUUUUGUUUUUUUUCCUUUUUUCUUUUCUUCUAGAGGAAAAGGAAGACAAAACUCAGACCCGUCAAAGUUGAAAGCCGAGAUCGCUUCAAUCCUAUGAGUACCCUUGUAGUUUACUGAUCAUUUUAUCAGCAUAAAGUUUUUUUUUUUCGUUAGGAGCACCCAAACUUAAGAUCAAGGUCCUGGGUUUGAGUCACUAUGGGAGUAGGAGUGAAAUUCUUUGAUCCUCUUUAAAAAAGAAAAAAAAAAGAAAAAAAAAUGUCCAGAAUUAUUGUUGUACAUUUCAUAUUGUUCUUCAUGGAUUUGAAACAUAUCAUUGCAGUUCUUCUGUGAGCUCUCAUAUAUUUAUCUUAAAAAACCAUCAAUACUUGGUACGUCAUUUUACAUCUAUCAUUAUUUUUAAAAUUACAUUUCAAUAUGAGUUUAAUCCUUUUGGAAUACUUCUUAUUAUCAUUCCUCAGUUAGUUUUGGAAAUACUUGAACCUUCUCUCUUCUUUACAGAGAGAUCGAUCGACUAUACUGACAUAAGGCCAAUAUGGCCUUAUCUGCAGCAGUCCUAUUAAUUGGAAAACUUGGGGCAAUUCUUGAGAACGAAAGAACAACCAUAGCCAGUGUUCGUGAUGAAAUUGAUAGCAUUAGGAAGGAGCUUGAAAGCAUGAAAGCUUUCCUAGUGGAUGCGGAAGCCUACACAGCAAAAACUGAAACAGAGAAAUUGUGGAUUGCAAGCAUCAGAGACUUGGCCUAUGAAGUUGAAGAUAUCAUUGAUGAAUUCAUGUAUCACAUGCAUGAGAAGCAAAGUGGGAGUCGACUUUCAAGGAGGCUACACAAAACCAUUUGCUUUCCAAAAAGUCUUUGGUUUAGACGUAAAACUGCAAAGAGGUUACAGAAAAUCACUAAAAAGAUCAAAGACGAAUCAGAAAGGAGUCAAAGGUUCAGUGUUGGCCCUGUAGGAGGAGCAACUACAUCUGAAGAUAUUCACAGAUUGGUGCAGAACCAAGCGGAGUCUUCGUUUUUCAGUAUGGAAGACGAACUGGUUGGGAUUGAAGGCAAGAAGCAAAUACUAAUGGGAUGGCUCAUGGAUGAAGAUCAACACCAAACUGUUAUAUCUGUGGUUGGCAUGGGAGGUUCUGGAAAGACAACUCUAGCUGCCAAGACCUUCAACAAUGAAGGGGUGAAGAGACAUUUUCAUUGUUGUGCGUGGAUUACCGUUUCCCAAACUUCUCAUGAUGAGGGACACUUGUUUCGAAGCUUGAUCAUGGAAUUCUACAAAUCAAGAAAGGAAGAUGUCCCUGAAAAUUUGAAUACCAUCAGCAGAAGAGAAUUGAUAGAGUUACUAGUUAACUACUUGGAGUCCAAAAAAUACCUAGUUGUUCUAGAUGACGUGUGGGAUAUAAAAGUUUGGAGAGAAAUAAAGGUAUCACUUCAAGAUAGGCAACUCGGAAGUCGAAUCAUAGUUACAACUCGAAAAGAAGAAGUAGCAGCCAAUUCUUUUGGAGUUAAAAGCCAUGUUCACCAUAUUCAACCCCUGCUAAAGAAUGAGGCUUGGGAGCUCUUCUGCAAAAAAGCAUUCUCAUCUAACGAGCACAAAACUUGUCCACCUGAUUUUGUGUCAUUAGCUUGCCAACUUGUGGAAAAGUGUGAAGGCCUUCCUCUGGCUAUUGUGGGUUUAGGUGGUCUUAUGUCUUCCAAGAAUUCGCUAGAUCAAUGGCAGCAAGUCUUCAACAGCUUGAAUUGGCAUAUGGAUAACAAUUCAUUGCUAGACCCUGUGAAAAACAUCUUGUUGCUGAGUUUCAAUGAUUUGCCAUCUCAAUUGAAACAUUGCUUCCUCUAUUGCUCUCUAUUCCCAGAAGAUUUUGUAAUUAGAAGAAAAAGGCUCAUUAGAUUGUGGAUAGCUGAAGGAUUUUUCGAACAUGUGAAAGGGAUCACGCCCGAAGAAGUUGCAGAUGGCUAUCUUUGGGAACUCUGCUUCCGUAGCAUGUUACAAGUUGUAAAGAGAAAUGGAACAGGAAGACCGAAACAAGUUAAGAUGCAUGAUCUGAUGCGAGAGCUUGCUUUGUCGAUAGCCAAGAGGGAAAAUUUUGGCCAUGUAUACGACGGGAGAGAAGGAAUGGAAGAGAUCUCAACCCGUCGCUUGUCAAUUCACACAAUGAGUAAUGGAGGAGAAAUUCAACCAUGGCCGGGUAUGUCAAAGAUUCGUUCUCUUCUUAUCUUUGCAACUGACAUGUCCUCAUUGUCUUUCUUAAAUACACUGGUUUCUCGAUGCAAUUUGUUGAGGACUCUAGACUUGGAGGAUGUCCAAAUUGAUAAACUGCCAGAUGCAGUUGUUUACUUGUUCAACUUGAGAUAUUUAAAUUUGAGUGGUACUUUAAUCAAGGAACUUCCAAAGUCCAUAGGGCGUCUCCGCAACCUUCAAUAUUUGAAAAUCGAGGAAACCAUGAUAGAGGCAAUUCCACAAGGAAUUGCAAAGUUGUUGAACCUGCGUUAUCUAACUAUGUUUCGGUUGACUGGAACCACUCUGGACUUCAAAGUUGCGAGUGGGACAAAAGCGCCAUCAAAUAUUUGUCAAUUACAGAAAUUGCAAUGUUUAUCAAUGAUUGAAUCAGAAGGGGAUACUAUUAGACUUAUCGGCAACAUGACUCAACUCAGGGUCAUCGGCAUAUCGAAUGUGAAAGAAAGAGAUGAGAUUGACCUUUGGGUCUCAAUUGAAAAGUUGACUUUGCUUCAAUCUUUGCUUUUAAUGGCAAGUAAUGAAGAGGAAAUCCUUCCGGUGAAAGCACAAUUUCCCUCACUUCCGCACCUUCAAAAGCUUCAAUUGAUUGGUAGACUGCAAAACCUAAUACCUUGGUUUUCUUCACUGCAUAGCCUUACAACUCUAGUUCUGCACUGGUCAAGACUAGAAGAUGAUGUACUACCUCAAAUUGAAGCACUGCCCAAUUUGACAGAGCUUAUUCUUUGUGAAGAGUUGUGUUUCCGCAAAGGCUUUGUAAAGCUGGAGAGGUUGCAUUUGUUGAAUUUUGCCUCGGUGAAAAAGAUUACUAUAGAAAAAGGAGUGAUGCCAAAUCUCCGGGACUUAAUGGUUGAACAGUGCACGGAAUUGUCUCUAAUGCCACUAGGCCUUGAAUACCUUUCUAAUCUACAAUUUAUGGGCUUGGCAUUUGUUCCCGUUGAAGUUAUAAAGCCCAUUCAGAAAGGAGGUGCGGAUCGGUCUAAGGUACAACACAUCCCCGAGAUCUUACAUGUUUUCGAACAGUCAUUCAAGCGGGUCUACGAAAACUUGGCGUAGUAUUUCUUUCUCCUGUCAGAAUCAAUCAAGUCCGACAAGUAUUGAACAAGAUUUGAGUUUGAUGAAGACUCCUUUCUGUACGUGUGGGAAGAUGCAAGGAUUGAUCUCAGUUUUCAUAUGCCUCUUUCUUUUUCCAAAAUUGAAUAAUACACAAGACUGUUUCUGAUGUUGUACUUGUUAUUGUUUGUGUGCAUUGGCAUGUAAUAAUGCUGGAUUGAAUGCCACUUUAGCAGUUUGCAUUGUAAUAAAGAUUGGUAUCCAUAUCGAGCACUAUUUUUUUC